UCACCGUUGCUCAACUACUUUCUCCCUCCAGAGAGCAACCCGCCUCCUCCCUUCUGGACAAAGCAGAAAGACUGCUUAUUAACGAGCCUUCUUCCUUUCUUUCAUCUCUGUUCACUUAGAUUCGCUUUGGUUCUUAACGAGAAAAUACCACAACGCCUGUAAAAUACCGGUAAGUUACAAGCGCUAGGGAAGGGCGGGCGGCAGCUUUCAGUGAAAGUUGGGGGCAUAAAACCCGUGCUUCAUUUCUACCUACAACCACAGCAGCCCCUCUCGAAGAAGAGAAAACCCGUGAAGCCUGUGAAAACCCUCGGUUGAAGAAGAGAAAGACACCCACAGCAGCAUUUGCUCCAUCGCCAUUAUCAUAGAGCUCGAAGAGAUUGAAUCCACCAAUCCGAAAUGGGUAAACUUGGGAAGAAGGCGAGGAAGUUUGCCAAAAAGAAUCUUCAGUCUGUGUUGAGGAAUAGACGUAAAAACAAGGCUCUGAGAGAGUCAUUUAAAAGGAAGAAAGGCAAUCGUCAAGCUGGAGAAAAUAGACCUUCGCCAGACCAAGCUACUACAACAUCAGACCAGAAUCUUGAAGGGAAUAUUGAAGGCAAUAUUUUAGAUGGCGGUGUCUAUGAUAUUUUUGUAGAUAAUUCAGGCAGUGAAGAUGACCACCAUUUGGAAGAUGAGGAUUCAGAAAGUGAUGGUUUCCUCUCAGAGGAUUUGAGCUGCCCAUAUGUAUCUGAAGAUGAAAUGGAAGAUGAAUUAGAAGAUGAGAAUAGCUCUAGUGCUUUAUUGGGGCAAAACAGGACUCUUCGUAUGGAAAUUGCCAAGCAAACGUGCAUACUGGAGAGAUUAAAGGAAAAGGAUCCUGAGUUCUCAAUAUUUUUGGAAAGUCGCCAUGAGGAGCGUCAGCAAUCCAAUGAAGAAAAUUUUUCUUCUGGAGAAGAUGAUGUUAAUGACAAUGAUGGGAACAUUGCAGUAGAAAACCCAAGAUCACAGCAUUACAAGGUUCUCACAUCUUCUACGAUAGAUGCCUGGUGCCAGUCAGUUAUGGAACAAAAAUUUUCAGUUCUUCCAAACCUCUUGAAUGGAUUUCAAGCUGCCUGCCAUUAUGGAGAUAAUGACCAAGAUGUCCUUCGCUACAAUGUAAUUCAAAGCAGAGGCUGCUUCUACAAGAUUUUGAUAUUUAUGCUCAAGGAGGGUGAUGGUAUCCUCCGAAGAUUGUUGGGUAUAUCCAGUGGUUGCAAAAGGCAAAUCAUAGUGGAUAUGAGGAAUGUGUCUAAAUGGAAAGAAGUAAAACCACUGAUAAAAUCUUAUUUGAGGAGCACCUUGUAUCUUCUGGAUCAGAUGACAGAUAACCUGAUAUUGGCAUUCACUCUUUCCCGGCUUAGAGCAUCGCUUGUUUUCUUUGCGGCUUUUCCAAAAUUGCUGAGGAGAUUAAUUAAGGUUGCACUUCACUUUUGGGGAACUGGAGAAGGGGAAUUAUCUUUGGUCUCAUUCUCCAUCAUCAGAGACAUGGCCAUUCACAUGAGCCCAGACUGCCUUGAGUAUUGCUUGAAGAAAGCAUACAAAGCUUUUGCUUCUAACUGCAAGAUUGUUGAACUUGCAAACCUUGAUCACAUCAAAUAUCUCUCAGAUUCCGUUGUUGAAUUGUUUUCAUUAGAUUUGGAGAAGUCCUAUCAGCACGUGCUCCUUUCUUUGAAGCAAUUGGCCAUGGUUGUUCAGCAAGCUCUUAAAACAAUGAAAAAGGAAAUACUUAAGAAAAUCCACACUUGGCAGUUCAUUAAGUGUGUUGAACUCUGGGCAAAACUUAUUUGUGAAAACAUCAAAGACCAUGAUCUGCAACCUUUGCUGUACGUAAUUGUUCAGAUGAUAACUGGGGUGGUUCACCUGUUCCCUGGAGUUCGCUACUUCCCAUUGAGACUAAAAUGCAUACAAUUGCUGAAUAAGAUUUCAAUUUCUAGCAAGGUUUUCAUUCCCACAGCUUCUUUCAUACUUGAAUUUCUGGAGAGCGAAGAAAUGAGCACAGCAAAGAUGCCUUGUGGAGAAGUCUUUGACUCCUCAUCUGUCUUGAAGGUACCAAAGCAUCUGAUCAAAUCACAAGAGGUCCAGGAAGAAUGUGUUCUCUCUGCAAUUGAAUAUCUUUCUGAGCUGUUUCAUCAGUGGAGCUAUCACAUAUCAUUUCCUGAGCUGGCUUCAAUUCCUCUUAAUCGAUUAAGGAAAUUCCAUGAUGAAACUAGUGAUAAGAGUUUCAGGCGUGUGGUGAAGCAGUUCAUUGAUCACGUCGAUCGCAAUGUUGAAUUUAUUCAGAAAAAGAGAGAUGAGGUUGCUUUUUCACCAAAGGACCAUGGAGCAAUUGACUCAUUUCUUCAGGUUGAGAGUAGUGGAACCAGUCCGACUAACCAAAAAAUCGAAAAAGUUAACAGAACCAGUCUUACCAAUCAAAAAGAAGAAAAGAAAAAAAGUGGUGGAACCAGUCCUUUCUCUCAGUAUUAUACCUCUGUUUUGCAAAAAUCAAUCUCUAGGAAGGCAGUGUUGCAGAACAAACUGAGUUCUAAGCCUGAGCCAUUGAAUAACUCAGAGAGAUCACUUGUUGAUGUUUCCGGAGAAGCGCUCCUCAAUUCUAAGGGAAAGUCGAAUAAAAGCCAGUGGGUUGAAGGAGAUGUCGCUAAUGGUCGCCAUGGGAAAACUUUGAAGAAAGAAAGAAAGAGGAGAAAGAUUGGUGCCUGAGGACUCUAGUUGCUUUGUUGCAUAUCUCUCUCUCUCUCUCUCUCUCUCGCUCAAUAUCUAUUUCAAACCACACGAGGUACUGAUGUAAAGAGAUUGAACGUGGGUUCUUUUUGGCUCUGAACCCACAAGAAUUUUGUACUGUAGCUUAAUUGAUUUUAUUCAAGUCUUGGUAAACUCUUUAAGAACC